GGAAAUGCGAUUUCCUCAAUCACUCACUCCACACCGGUUUGAAGCUUAUAACCAAAAAUUAUUCUGCGGCUGAAAAUUGCAGAAUCCAUUGAAGCAGCCAUGGAUAUUCGACUUCGAAUCGGAAGCCUUUAUUCUCACACUCGUCUCAAUCUCACAUCAAAUUCCAAAUUUCUGAAACCGCGCUGCGUCAGAGGGCCGCCUCCCCAGCAAAAUAACGAUAACACUAACAACGAAGAUAAAUCCUCAAGAGACUGGGAUAAAGCAUGGACCAGCUUCAAAAAGAAAGGAAAGAACACAUUGUUCUCAGGUUUCUCACCAAACAAAUACGUGAGCUGGAACCCGAGGCGGUCGGAGUAUCCGCUGUCGGAGGAGGUGGACCCCAUAAAAAGAAGCGAGAGAUCGAAUCUUAUGCUAUGGACUAGUCCAAGGUUUACUCUGUUUGGAGCGAUUAUCAUUGUUACUUUUCUUCUUGUCUAUACAAUUCUUUACCCCCUUAAAUGAACCCUUUCAUCUUCCAAUUCUGUAAAUUCCUUCUAGUGGAAAUAUUCUACAUUUUGCUACAUAUAUGAGCAAAAUGAAAAAAAAAAACUCUGGAUGGUAUGAUUAUUUACUUCAGAGAUUAAAAGGUAACGAUUCAGUUCAAACA